CGGCUAAUAUGGUUGCCGCCUGGUUCGUAGAGUGGUUAUCGGCGACAACUGUCAAACGUGACGUGACUUGAUCGAAUGCUAAUUUAAUUCGCGACUCACGUCUCGCAACAUUGCAACCAAAAUGGGGAUCUUUUUCUCCAAAAAGAAGCAUCAGAGUCGCGUCACCGAACAAGACAAGGCGGUUCUGCAAUUGAAACAAACAAGAGAUAAAAUUAAGCAAUACCAGAAGAAGAUUGAGCAAGCCUUGGAGAAAGAACGAGUGCUCGCGAAGGAACUUUUGAAAAAUGGGAAGAAAGACCGUGCGUUGCUUCUGUUACGCAAGAAAAGAUUUCAGGAACAAGUGCUGUCACGUACAGAUGGUCAGCUGGAGAAUCUUGAACGUAUGGUUCACGACUUGGAAUUUGCUCAAAUCGAGAUGAAAGUAGUUGAUGGCCUAAAAGUUGGUAAUAACGCAUUAAAACAGCUACAUGCUUUGUUGUCCAUCGACGAGAUUGAAAAGGUCAUGGAUGAGACGAGAGAGGGUAUUGAGAAGCAAAAAGAAAUAGAUGAAAUAUUAUCUGGUACACUAACUGAGGAAGAUGAAAAUGAAGUUGAGGCUGAAUUGGAUGCUUUAUUGGAAGCAGAGAUUGAGGAGAAGGCUCCUGAAGUACCAGAAGAUGUUUUGCUACCAGAAGUGCCAAAGGACUUGCCAGAACCAGAUAAAGGUCGUACGAAAGAAAAAAUUCAGGAACCAGUGGCAGUAACAGCAUGAGAUCCAGGAACUGACAAAGACUUCUAUUAAAUUAAGGUUUGUCCGACAGGCUAUGUACAUAUGUAUACAGUAAAUAAGAUUUAUAAUAUAAAUACAGUAAGAUAUAUAUAUAUAUAUAAGUAUAUCUAUAAGAUUUGUUUAUAAGAUUCAGUUACAAGGCUCACACGUCAAAGUUUUAAUACUUUAUUAUCUAUCAAAUGGUUCAACCGAUUUUGCACCUUAUGUGAAUAUCAAAACACAGUAAAAAUAGCAACUAUGUAAAUCAUAUGAAUAAAUGUAAUUUUUUCAUCUAUUAUAUA